GAUCACAGAGGCGCACUGUACGAGAGGGCGGAUCUGACUGUGCACAUCGGCCAACACUACAGAGCACUGAAUUUUAAAAACAACAACAACGGGAGGAUGGACUUCAGUUUACGUGAUGCUUUCACAGACGGAGCAUCUAAGGCAACCCAGGACAGCCUCCUGAAGAGGGAUUUUGUGGCCGGGUUGGAGGCACAGACCUUUGAUGAUAAAGUGGGCGAGACUGUUAAGAAGACAGACUACCGCCCCCUUCUGGAUGGGAUGGACGGGAAAAUGGAAGGGUCUGGGUUUAUGUCUGCAGGCCAGAUUGGAGGUCAACGUCAGGACCCUCAGGGAGAGAUCCGUCCCAGCCCUCCUGGACAAUAUGUCUAUAAUCAUGACUUUCAAUCAGGUCCUACAUCAAUGAUUGGAAUGCCUGGCCAAUUGGUAAACCAACAGAUGGGAUCUACGGUGAAGGAUAACAGCAUGGAUUCUUUUCUGGGGUUCUCUCAGCCUGGGAUGAAUAUUGGUAUGAAUAUGAAUGUUGGCAUGGCCCCUUUCCAGACCUCCAAACCCCUCAGCAUGGUUGAACCUCAGAAGACCUCACCCUUGUUUGCCAAUGAACCACCCAAACCAUCCCAGAUAACUGCUAAUCCAAGUGAAACAAGCCCUCGUAACAACCAGGAAAAUUCUGCAGUUUGUGGAAGCCCUUGGACAGGUGAGGAAAUGCUCUCAACGGAGCAGUCCAAUGCUUCCAACAAGGCAGAACAGAGGAGCACUGAUGCCUUGGGUUUCCAGAGUCAAGAUGCAGCGUCCGGCGAGGAAAAGUCCAUUGAGGAAGGAACCGAGAAGCAACAGAAGCGUAAAAAAAAGAAACGCAAGAACAGGGAAGAAAUGUAUGACUUUCUGGACAGUCUUGGUUCCCCAGACUCUGAAGAGACUCCUUCCGAAAGCUCCAACCACGGCUGCCCCUCACCUCCCGGUAAGGAUGAAGAGAUUUGGGAAAAUGAGAUCCAGGAGAGAGGGGGAGGACGCAUCAAGGCCAGGAAGAGCAAGAGCAGGAAGAAGCUUCCAGAAGAAUGGAGUGCUCCCUCAACUGUGAUGGACAUGGAUUUUAGCAGCCCUAAUUUGGGUGAUUUUAAGCCCCCAUCCACAGCAAGCCUAGAUCAGGGAAGUACACCACCCUCGCUCACACCUGAACCUCUACACCUCACGGACACCCAAGCAUGCAGACCACAACCGACCAGCCAGGCAAACACCUCUAUAUUCUCAAAUUACCCCAGCUCCACUGUGAAUACCAUAGAUGACUCAACAUUCAAGAUUGACAGGGAUGUGCUUGAUAAGGAUAAAUCUAAAGAUGAUAUUAAUAAGACUAACCUAGAGUUGCCUGGUAUUCACCGUACAGAUCAGUUACCCAUGGACUCAAAGACUGACCCUACUCACCCAGCUGAUCCCAACCAGAAGUCAACCCUUGCCCUCAGUCCAACUCAGACUGUUAUGUUCCUUGACUCCGUGCUGCAGGCGCAGACCCCAGAUGCAAGCCCCCCAUCCCAGAGCACCCCUGUGAAAACCCCCAUCUCUCACACCACUGCCCCCAAUGUGACCCCUGGCCCACUGUCCAUUGCCACAGACUUCGCUGCCUCUCAGAGUGCACCAGCUGUUAGUCACUGCACCCCAACAAUUCCCUCCAGCACUGCAGUGAGCUUACACUCAGAAGCUAUGCCUUUCAUCCCAUCAAUCACAGAGCAGCAGGAGCCCCCGCCGGCACAGCCCCCCCUACUGGAAGUAAAAGAAGAUAAGACUACCAAGGAGAAAAUGGAGAAUGUGCAAACUGCUUCAAAGAUGGAAAGCAUCAACAUAAUUGAGAAGCAAGACAAGCCGGAGAAGAUGGAGAAGAUCGAUCAUCUGAACAAGAAAGAUGAGAAUACAAAGAAAACAGACAGUGUGGAUAAGACUCAGAAGAUUGAGCAGAUCAUCAAAGAUGAGAAGAAAGCCGAGAAAGAGGAGAAACAGGAUAAUAAAGCUGAGAAAAAGGAGAAAGUAGACAAACCCGAGAAGACAAACAAGGAGAAAGAGGAGAAGAAAGACAACAGGGAAAAAGUUGACAAGACAGCCAAAGCUGAGAAGAACAUGACCGCUGCUAAAGGACCUGCUAAGUCUCCGACAGCAAAUGGGAGCAAGGAGGUGACCAGCCUGGACAGUAAGACCAAGCCUUCAGUUGGGUCAACCAAACAAAGCUCAGCAAGACCAAACUCGCUGUCCACUGGAGACAGUGCUGGUGCCACCAAACGCACCUCUCCCAACUCUGCCAGUAAAAAAAGCCCUAUACCCAAGGCAACAACCCCCACUACUGGUACCAAGAAAACCCCCACCACCACGUCUACUCUUGAGACUAAGGCCAAGUCUUCUGAAACUGGCGCACCAGCCCAGCGUCGCCCUCCAGUGCCAAAGGCUAAAGCUGCAUCUGCUACCAACUCUAAAAAUGGCACAAGCUCCACCUCUGCCCGACGCUUCUCCGCUACAAAGACUGAAAACCAAGCAGGAGAGGUGAAAAAGGCACCAGUUAAAACAACUUCAAGGACAACUCGCACACCAACCUCUGCCACCAGCACAGUAGCCACCAAUGGAACCCCGACCCCUCGACCGUCCCGCAUCACCAAACCCCCCGUGCCCAAGCAGACUCCCCUUGAGAGGAAGCCCCCUGUGCCUCGAGCCCCUCGAAACACCCGGAUCACCAACGCACCACUGCCGGAUCUAAAAAACGUGCGCUCCAAGAUCGGCUCCACCGAUAACAUGAAGUACCAGCCUGGAGGAGGCAAGGUCUCUGCAGCCCAGGGCAAGACCGAUGCUCUGCCAAAGACCAGCCAGGGCAAAGUUCAGAUAGUCCACAAAAAGCUGGACUUCAGCCAUGUGACCUCCCGAUGCGGCUCCAAGGACAAUAUCAAGCAUGUACCUGGUGGAGGAAAUGUUCAGAUUUUAAAUAAAAAGGUUGACUUGAGCAAAGUGACCGCAAAAUGUGGAUCCAAGGACAACAUGAAGCACAAGCCAGGUGGUGGUGAUGUGAAGAUUGAAUCCCAUAAGGUGAAUGUCAAUGCCAAGGCCAAAGUGGGAUCACUGGACAAUGUAGGCCAUGAACCAGGAAGUAACAAUGUAAAGGCUGAUGGGGUUCAGCAGAAAUCUGAGGGAAGUCCAUCUCCCCCGGCCGUCUCCUCAUCCUUGCAGGCAGGAAAUGGGGCAAAAGAGAAUGGGCUGAAAGAGAAUUCUCCUACUCCUGUACCUUCUUUGGGAGAAGGGCCCCGGGACUCCCAAGGCCUGGACAAGCGCAUCCCUGGGACAAACUGAGCCCUACAAGCUGAACUUCCGCGAGAACGCACGAGCUCGCACGGACCACGACGCUAAAAUCAUCUCCUGGUCCUCCCUGAGUGGCAGCCACCCCCACCCACAUCGCAGCACCUCUCUCAGUGUUUCUCUGGGGUCCGCCAUGUCCUCACACUCAACCCAGCUUAUCCCAUUCACUCAGCUAUGAGAUGUGUGUAAACCAGCAGGAGAAGGGGGAAAUUUCAACACAGCUUGUCCCUUUUAAACCAUUCUUCUCAUUAGCUUCUUCUCUUGUUUUCAGUUUUCUUUGUUUAUUCCUUGCUGGGAAACCACUUAUGAGAUCAUGUUUUGGGAAUGACUUAAUUUACAGUGCUGCUGUUCGAACGCAGGGAUUGGUUUGAGGCUAGUUUUGAGAUGAAGUCUCCAGAUGAUUGGAGAUGGUUGGAUGGUUGUCCAGCCGCAUAGGUCAUCUUUGUUGAAACCACAGCAUUUAGCCCGUCAACACCGAGUUUCUUUCCUACAAGCCUGUGUUGUCCCUUAGACAGACCUAAAUUGAAAUGCAAUACCCUCGUUUCUGUCUGGCAUUAUAUGUUCUCCAAUGGAAACCCCAGAACUCACUAGAGAUGUAGCUUAUUACAUCGUAUUAUGACAGUUAAGCUCCCUGUAUUGUUAGUAUGUGGGGCUGUCUUUAAUCCCAGUCAAAAGGGACGAACCAGCCGCCAUCCAUCCAUCUGCUUCCUUUGCUCCUCUGACCUUGUCCACCUCACACAAAUUCUAAACCCUGGUCUCCCCUAGUAUUUAAAUGAGCACUUAAUCAUUUGAAACGUAUAGGCUGUUCAAACAAUAGCAUAUUUACAUCUUCAAUGAGUUUGCUGUAUCGUGUUAAUCGUAAAUUACUGUAACUAUGAGCUGUAUCAUUAUGAUGUCUAACCAUCUGAUUACAUCUUCCACUUUCCAAUUCCCUCAAAGCAUCUUGUGAACUAAUAUGACACAUGACACACAUAAACGAUACAGGAAGAGGAAAAGGCAGUGGCACACAAGCUAAACAGACAGGAUGGAAGGAAUAUAGAUGGAUAAAGAAAGUUAGAAUGGAUAUGUUUACACUCUGUACACAGGUCAUGAUUAUUUGCUCAAAGGUCCAAAUCAUCCCUCACCUUGAAUUAAGUAUCGUUCUUCCAAGUUCAAAAAGUAGAAGACUUUUGCACUGAACAUAUAAACUGGCAUGUGGGAGGGCACAUUAACAUUAACUGAGCAUUGCAAUCCAGUGCAUUUCCCUAUUAUUUAUUCAAUGGCAAUUGAUAAAUUGUUGUUUAGAAAUGACUAUUUAAUCGAACAUACUAGGAAAUGCAUUUUGUUUUUUACCAAGUGAUGUAUUAUUCACAAAGUAGUUGAAUAUCAUAGUUUUAAACUCUCUAAACCUACUAUUGUAGGGCUGCUUUUUUUGAAGCUCAUGACUAGUGACACUGUUAACAGUGAAUUUGUGGGCACUUUACUGGUAGUAAUAUUACUCUAGAUAUCUUUGGCUCCACAAUGCCUGCAAAAAAAAAAAAAGUUGCUGUUGUUGGUUAAAAGCUUAUGUUUGUAUACAGGGUUUGAUUGCCUACAGUAAAUGUUGUGAAAUUUUUUCCUGGUAUUUUACUGUGGUGUCAUGACAGAUAAUGUAUGGUGAUAAUGUUGUAACAUCAAAGAAAGUCCCAUUUAAAACUGAACAACCGAGACCAGGAAGUAUUAAAUUAUGCAAAUAUCUUAAAAAUUAAACAAUUAGAUGACGAGCAUUUUAAAUGCACUUUAUGAUGGGUGUUUUAUACAACAAGGAGAGCGAUAUGAUUGACUGAGCACAUCUUUCUAAACUGUGUCCCAUGAAAAGAGCCCUAGUUACUCAGAAAUCCAUAACAUGUACCUGUGACCUGUGUCUCGUUUAGCAUUCUGUAAAUACAGUUUGUACAAGUGUGAGCCAGUGUUCUUGGCGUAGAGCAGUUGCGCUUGGCCAAACAGUCCUGUCUGUAGUUCCUUUUGUGAUUAGUGCGUACUUUCCAGGGGCUGUGCCAGUAAACUUCAGUGUUGUACUCUUGAUACAGUGAUCAUAACCUUUCAUGCCUUCAGACAGCUCUAUUUUGUCCUUUCCAUAAUGAAUGAACACUCUCACUGUGUUAGUACACUUCUCACGUCCCCCGCACCAGUCCGCUCAAAGCAGUUUUGUAAAUACACGUUUCACACUUUAUAGGGAAAACACUUCUUGAUUGGGUUGUAUAGAGAAGCAAAGUGAAGAUUUUGCAUCUAUGAAUAUUUCUCCAGAUAGUAUUUUAUUGUUAAGUGAGACUGCCUUUUUUCUUUAAAAAAGGGCUGGCAAACAAGAAUGUUUUUAAAAUAUUAUGUAUUCAGGAAGCAAAGAAUAUUUAUUAUAUGUGUAACUUUUUCUCUUUGUCAUCACAGGUCACAUAGCCUAAUACAGUGUAAUCAAUAAAAGGGGGAGGAGUGUGAUUUUGACUGAGGACCGAAAAACUCAAAGGUCUCUGAGGAUGUCCUCCUGUAGGCUAUAGAUAAUGCACAGAAUUCUGGUAAUGACUUCGGUCGCCUGAGACUGGAUGCAAAAGGUGGGGUGAUAGGUUAGAGCUAAUCAGUAACCACAGGAACAAUGAUUCCUCCCACAAAACUGCACCUGACACAUAGACCUUGAAUGUUUGUUAUCCAUGCUGCACAUCUGUAUGAGACUAGCUGUCACUGGUAGGCUAAUCAGCAUGUUUAAAAGUAGAUAGAGCACUCCAAAGUUAAGCAGCAAAAGAGCCCCCUAGUGUGUCUGUUAGGACUCACAAUGUGUGUGUACUACUACUAAACAUUGAACACAGCAAAAGAGCAUGCUUACAUCAUGGACUACAGACAUGGUCCUAAACUUGAUUUACUGUCUCCCCUCUUAUUUAAGAUGUUUUUUGUUUGUUUGUUUUGUUUUUUGGUAUGAAAGAAAUAAUUGUGAUUAAUUGUUAACUAGUGAUGUGGAUAUUUAAUCAUGAAUAAAUAAAAAGUCAAGCAACA